AUGCAUCUCUUUCUCUUGCCCUCUCUCUCUCUCCCUCUCUCUCUCGUGUGCUUGCCUGCCCAUUCUACAGCCACUUACGAACGGAAGCGAGCUUUUCAAAUGUUCCAGCUGUUAUUUGGUUGGCUUGUCUCCAGGUUGGCGGCCACUUUCGGUCGACAGCACAGGUCCUGCCGCGGGGAAGCAAAUCGGUUUUUGCCGCGUCUUUUCGUUUGUUGGCUUCAGUCUUUCCAUACCGCUUUGCCACUUACCAACCUUCACAGUAACCGCUUAGGUAAAGACAAACAUAUAUUCCCCUUCUCUGCAUGUGCACCAAUUCGCGCAUUUUUCUUAUGCUCCACAAUUUGCUCUUUUUUCUUUCUUUCUUUUUAUUCUUUCUUUUGUUCUUUCAUUUUUCUUUGGUCUUUUAAAUUCUUACUUAUUUUCUUCGAUUUUUCAUUAUCUAUCUAUCUAUCUAUCUAUCUAUCUAUCUAUCUAUCUAUCUAUCUAUCUAUCACUAACACCCACGGUGCUCUACAUCAUAUUCUUUCUUUCUUUCUUUCUUUCGUUUUUAUUCUUACUUUUGUUCUUUCAUCUUUCUUUGGUCUUUUAAAUUCUUACUUAUUUUCUUCGAUUUCUCAUUAUCUUUUUUCUAUCUAUCUAUCUAUCUAUCUAUCUAUCUAUCUAUCUAUCUAUCUAUCUAUCUAUCUAGCUAUGAACAACACCCACUGUGCGCGACUUUAUAUUCUUUCUUUCUUUCUUUCUUUCUUUCUUUCUUUCUUUCUUUUUUAA